AAUCGUGAAUUUAAACAUGGGCGAGAUCUAUUUCUCCAAUCAAAACAAGAACAACGUGGUUGUCGGAAAAUUGAAGUUAGCAGCAUGUCCCGUCAUUAACAAUUGCGUGUACUCCCCCGUCUGCUCAACAAGUUCACAUAAGGAAGGAAGCAUUCGACUUCUCAUUUCAUAAUUCUCAUCAAUCCAACCCAAGAGACGAACCCCAAAAGAAAAGCCAAUGAUGGAUUUUGAUGAGAUAUUUUCAUCUCUGAAUCUGUUCAGAGCUUCUGCAAAUUCAGUUUUAUCUCAGUACGAGCCUCUCGCGCUGCUUCUUGUUCCUAUCCUCACGCUUCUUGUUGCGCGAAUUCUCCAGUCUGUUCUUCGUGUAGUUUUCGAGAAAGGCCUUAAAUCUGCCGUCCUGGAGUUCUUCAUGGCCUCCGUCAAGUUGGUGCCUGGUGUGCAAAAGUACAUCGAUGCUGAAAAGCAAAAGGUUGUGGAUAAGUUGCAAGGUUCUGGUAAAUCGAAAAGAGAUGGUUGGAGGUCUGAGUUGCCGAAGACAGGCUUAGGAGUUGAGGUCAUUGAUAAAAUGAAGGAUGAGAAACAAAAAGACGUGGCAUGGCAGGGCAAAUGUUCUGGUACAGUCUAUAUUGCAGGAAAUGAACAGGAAGGGCACUUCUCUUUGAUUAACGAGGCAUGCUCAAUGUUUGCACAUACUAAUCCUCUACAUCUAGAUGUAUUCCAGAGUGUAGUAAGAUUUGAAGCAGAAGUUGUGGCAAUGACAGCUUCACUUCUUGGAAGUAAUGAAAAGGCCUCUGGAGGACAAAUAUGUGGAAAUAUGACAUCAGGAGGGACAGAAAGCAUAUUGUUGGCUGUGAAAACGUCACGGGAUUACAUGAAAGUUAAGAAGGGAAUAACUAGCCCAGAAAUGAUUAUACCAGUUUCAGCUCAUUCAGCAUAUGACAAAGCUGCACACUAUUUUAAAAUCAAAUUGUGGCGUGUUCCUGUGGACCAAGAUUUUCGAGCUGAUGUUAAAGCAGUCAAACGACAUAUUAACAGGAACACCAUAUUGAUUGUUGGAUCAGCACCUGGCUUCCCUCAUGGAAUUAUCGACCCGAUUGAGGAGCUUGGUGAGUUGGCUUCUACUUACAAGAUUUGUUUGCAUGUUGACCUUUGCCUUGGUGGUUUCGUGUUGCCGUUUGCUCGUAAGCUUGGGUAUCCUGUACCGCCAUUCGAUUUUUCUGUUCAGGGUGUAACCUCUAUAUCUGUGGACGUCCACAAAUACGGGCUCGCUCCGAAAGGAACAAGUGUGGUUUUGUAUAGGGACCAUGAGAUACGCAAGCAUCAAUUUGUUGCCGUCACUGAAUGGACUGGUGGGCUUUAUAUAUCUCCGACAAUUGCUGGAAGCAGGCCUGGCGGUCUCAUUGCUGGGGCUUGGGCAGCUAUGAUGUCUCUUGGGCUAGAAGGUUAUCUGGAGAACACGCGGAAGAUUAUGGAAGCUUCAAAGAGAAUAGAGAAGGGGGUCCGCCAGAUUCCGGAGUUGUUCAUCAUUGGAAGGCCUGAUAUGACGAUUGUGGCUUUUGGAUCCGACAUUGUCGACAUAUUUGAAGUGAAUGAUGUAAUGUCGUCAAAAGGCUGGCAUUUGAAUGCAUUGCAGAGGCCUAACAGCAUACACAUCUGCGUGACGCUUCAACACGUAGCCGUCACCGAAGAUUUCCUCAAGGAUCUGCAAGACUCUGUGCAAACAGUUAAAGCAAAUCCAGGUCCAAUCAAUGGAGGGCUUGCUCCAAUUUAUGGUGCUGCUGGAAAAAUGCCAGAUAGAGCUAUGGUCCAAGAUUUGUUGGUUGAUUUCAUGGAUAGCUCAUGCUAGUGCCAAAUGCCAAUCCUUCAUGCAUUUUUUAUUGUAUUUUCACCCUUGUGAUGCUACAUGUUUUCAAUUUAUGGAAAAUUGUCGAUUGUUAUACGUAAUAUUCAUGUAACAUUUGUUGAAAAGAUUAUGUACCUCUCCUCUCCAGUUUAUAUGCUUGUGCUCUCUGGCCAGUAAGAUUUUAUUA